ACGGCCGGACCCAUGACAGAAAAGUUGAUACUGGUACCCUUUCCAUGGGUUUCUUGGUCGGUGCCGAAAGCGGUGGCGUAGGCCCUUUCCCUUCUCCAAUUUCCAAGACUCCCCCUACUUCUCCCCCGCUUUCCUCCAGUAUCGGCCUUCGGGGACUGCGGCAGAGGAAUUGAUAACAAAGAGGAAGAGAAGGGGAAAGGAGGGGGAAGAAGUAGAAGAGAAGAGAGAGUAGGAUGGAGAGCAGCGAGGAGGAAGACGACUUCCUGACGCACGAGUGGAUCACCCCCCAGUCCAGCAUCAACUCCAUUUACCAGUCCGACACCGAAAAGGGGAUCAGGAAAAUCUGUUCCGAGCUUUUGGAAUUAAAAGAUGCAGUGGAAAAUCUGUCUGGGAACAUGCACUCAAAGUACCUAGCCUUCCUCAGAAUAUCUGAGGAGGUUAUUGAAGUGGAGCAAGAGUUAAUUGAGCUACAGAAGCAUGUUUCUGCUCAAGGAAUUCUUGUACAAGAUCUAAUAAGUGGUGUUUGUCGAGAAUUAGAAGUGUGGAACAAACAAAACAGUGAGGAACCUGAUGCUGAGCUAGACCCUCAAAUUUCUGAACUUGAUGAACUCUUGCAUGCUGACAAGGAGGACCCUAAAGUCACUUUUUUGGAAACUGUGGAUGUUUUGUUGGCAGAGCAUAAAAUAGAAGAGGCACUAUUGGCUUUAGAGGCAGAAGAGAGAAAUUAUCCAGAGCUGAAUGACUUGGGGGAAAAUCCAUCUGUUGGAAUUUCUUCAUAUAAGACAGCAUUCCUGGAAAGAAAGGCAGUGCUUGUGGAUCAGCUUGUUGGGAUUUGUGAACAACCAUCUGUUUGUAUUGCUGAACUGAAGAAGGCUUUGUCCGGUUUGGUUAAACUGGGGAAAGGUUCUCUGGCCCAUCAGUUGCUGCUAAAAGCAUAUGGUUCCCGUCUCCAGAAAAGCAUUGAGGCUUUUCUUCCUUCAUGUUCUAUAUACUCCGAGACAUAUACUGCAACUCUUUCUCAGCUUGUUUUUUCAACAAUUUCAUUGAUAACAAAAGAAUCUGGUUUAAUAUUUGGAGAUGCGCCGACUUAUACAAAUCGGAUUGUGCAUUGGGCUGAAUGUGAAAUAGAGUCUCUUGUUCAUUUGGUGAAAGAAAUCUCUGCUUCACUUGAGAGUGCUUCUGCUCUCCGUUCUGCCAGCAUAUGUAUUCAGGCUAGUCUUAGUCACUGCUCAAUACUGGAAUCGCAAGGACUGAAGUUCUCAAAGUUGCUUAUGGUACUAUUGCACCCUUACAUUGAUGAGGUCCUUGAUAUAAAUUUCAGACGAGCAAGAAUUAAGGUUCUUGACUUGGCAAUGCUUGAAGAUGAGGUGCUUCUGUCCCCUCAAGAAGGCGGUCCACUUACUGUCGCUGCCCCAUCAAAUAUCAUGUUUACAAACAGCGGGAAAAAGUUUAUGUUUAUAGUCAAAGAUUUAUUGGAUCAGCUGACACCAAUGGCUAUAUUGCAUUUUGGAGGGACUAUAUUAAACAAGCUUCUCCAACUAUUUGAUCAGUAUGUACAAACAUUAAUCAAGGCCCUACCUGGCCCUUCUGAAGAUGAUAACCUAAUGGAGCAGAAAGAGUCUAUAAGUUUUAGGGCUGAAACUGAUGCUCAACAACUUACACUUUUAGGAACUGCAUUUACAGUUGCUGAUGAACUAUUACCGAUGGCUGUAUCCAAAAUUUUUAGUCCACAAAGUGAAAGCAAGGAAGCAGGUGGUGGGUCUUCUGAAGGCAUAGGUCCUGUCGCCAUUAGUACUGUAGAAUACAAGGAUUGGAGGCGUCAUCUCCAACACUCAUUGGAUACACUCAGAGAUCAUUUCUGUAGGCAGUAUAUCUUAACCUUCAUUUAUUCUCGUGAAGGAAAAACCAGGUUAGAUGCUCGGAUGUAUUUGGAAGGGAAAGGAGAUGAUCUUUUCUGGGACUCUGAUCCAUUGCCUUCAUUGCCAUUUCAGGCUUUGUUUGCAAGGUUGCAGCAAUUAGCAACUGUAGCUGGUGACAUCCUACUUGGGAAAGAAAAGAUUCAGAAAAUUUUGCUUUCAAGGCUAACAGAGACUGUAGUGAUGUGGCUCUCUAAUGAGCAGGAUUUCUGGGAUGUGUUUGAAGAUGAUUCUGUUCAGCUCCAGCCAUCUGGGUUGCAACAGUUAAUACUUGAUAUGCGCUUCAUUGUUGAAAUUGCUGUUUGUGGGGGAUAUUCGUCGAAAAAUGUUCACCAACUCGUGUCUGCCGUUAUAACAAGGGCUAUUGGAACGUUCUCUGCUAGAGGUAUAGACCCUCAGAGUGCACUUCCGGAGGAUGAAUGGUUUGUUGAUGCUGCAAAGUCAGCAAUAAGCAAGCUUAUGUUGGAAACUUCAGGAUCUGAGGAGUCGGAACCGGAUGAGCAUAUUGCAAUACAUGAUGAGAUAUCAGAUUCUGAUGAGACCCCUACAAGCCCAUCAACUGUAGAGUCUACAGAAUCUUUUGCUUCUGCCAACAUGGGUGAAACUGAUAGCCCUGUUUACUUUACGGACACCGAAUCUUGAAGAAAGUAAUUCUGGUAGUGGGGUUGUUGAAAUAACCACAGUGGUCGAGUCUAAUCCCAAUAGCAAGGACAGGAAAAUUGUUGUUUUAAACUGAGAAGAUUUCCCACCAAUAUUUAGACCUGGCUAUAUUUUUGUGUUAACCGAGAGCUUAUGCCAUUAGCUUUGUUCGAUGCUAGGCUUCUGAUUCCCCACCCAUUUGUUGUGCCCUUGUAUAAGACAGAGCAGAUAAUGUUCAUCAAAUUAGUGCCUUAUUGCAGGCACAUAUUUGCAAAUAACUCAACUAGCUGUGUUUGUGAUAGUAAUUUCAAGGUCAUUGUAGCAGAUAUAAAUGUAGUGUUUUGUCAUCCACCUA